AUGAAAUGGGUUUUUCUGUUUCAACUCAACAUAAGCCUCCUUCACGGGAAGCUAACAAACUCGUUCGCCAUCGAAAUCAACCCGGAAAACGGAGCUGAAGCGGCUGAAGAAAUCGCAAAGAACUUGGCCGAGAAACAUGGAUUCGAUUAUCUCGGACAUGUCGUUGGAAAUAUUUUUCAUCUGCUUGAUUUAUCCACAUCCCCAAUCGGCAAGGAGCCAAAUGUGCUUGGAAUCGAUCAGCAACGAGUGAAAAAACGCGUGAAGCGGGACCUCCUCGACACUGACUUUUCUCCCAAUGAUCCGCUGUACGAAUACAUGUGGUACAUGAACCCGGACUUUGAGGACAGAAACGAAAACGCAGUUACGAAUGUAGACAGCGAUAUCCGACAUAUGAAUGUCACCGGAGCGUGGGCCCUAGGAUACACUGGUCAAGGAGUAGUAGUCACUCUCCUGGAUGAUGGGAUCGAACGGGACCAUCCGGACUUGAUCAAAAAUUAUGAUGCAAAAGCCUCACGUGAUAUCAACGGCGGAGACGAUGACCCAAUGCCUCAGUACAACAGUGAAAACUCGCGUAUCAACUUCACCGACGUAAAUUCCUACCGAAAUCCGACGGAAACUCGUUAUCGUCUGACAGAGCAAGUUAUUGGCUACAAGAAGGAAAGUAAUCGUCACGGGACUCGAUGCGCUGGAGAAGUUGCCGGUGAGUUUGGCAAUGGAGUUUGCAUCCCUGGAAUUGCUUAUAACGCGAAAAUUGGGGGGAUCAGAAUGCUGGACGGAGAUGUAACCGAUUUGGUUGAAGGGCAGUCGAUUGGUCAUAAUCCGCAGUACGUGGACAUUUAUUCCGCAAGCUGGGGGCCUGAUGAUGACGGCGAAACAGUCGAUGGACCAGAUCGAGCAGCGCGCACAGCCUUUCACACAGGCGCAAUGGACGGACGUAAAGGAAAAGGAAGCAUCUUUGUCUGGGCAUCUGGCAACGGAGGCCGAUACCAGGACAACUGCAACUGUGACGGAUAUACGAAUUCAAUCUACACCGUCAGCAUUUCAUCGACCUCGGAGAAAGAAAACGUGCCCUGGUACUCUGAAGCGUGCGCAUCUACUCUCGCAUCCACUUAUUCUUCCGGAGGAAUGGGGGAGCGACAAAUCGUUACCACAGACUUGAGAAAGAUCUGCACCAAAAAUCACACUGGUACGUCAGCAUCCGCUCCGAUCGCUGCAGCAAUUCUAGCGCUUGUUUUGGAAGCUAACCCGAAUCUAACUUGGCGAGAUGUUCAACAUCUCAUCGUUCAUACUUCCAAGAAACGCUUGCUGAAGACGACGGACUGGGCUGUCAACGGCGCUGGCAGAGAUUACUCGCAUCAUUAUGGGUACGGUCUGAUGGACGCUGGGGCUCUAGUCUCGUUAGCCGCAAAUUGGACCACUGUUCCUGAACAAAGAAAGUGUUCGACUCCAGUUAUUACGAAAAGAAAGCAAAUGCUCUUCAGCUCGAGCGUGUUCGAAGAAGAGUUUCAGAUCAACUCGGAGUGUAUCAAGGCGAUCCACUACACCGAGCACGUCCUGGCUAAGAUUUCGUUGUCUUACCCAAAUCGUGGUAGUCUGCGAAUCACGCUCGUCUCUCCUAGUGGCACAGUUUCCAACAUUCUCGACAGGAGACCGCACGAUAAGUCGAUGAAUGGCUUUACCGGAUUUCACUUUCUCACCGUUCACAUGUGGGAUGAGCGGCCUUACCUAGCGCCGGAGAAACCUUGGCUGAUUAGGAUUGAAAAUUUAGUCGGAGGAAACCUUGGUGGAACGAUUGAUAAAUUUGAACUGAUCGUCCAUGGAACUGGAAAAGAUCAGUACGAGCUUCUCUGCGAGUCCGAAAAAGCGCAAGUCUUCGACCCAACCCAACAAGCCUGCUUCUCCGACUGUCCCCUCGGAACCUACCGCUCAGACACGAACCUAACCCAGGAGCAAGCCUCCCCCACCGCCGCGCUCAACAUUUGCAAGCCAUGCAACCCAAACUGCCUCAUUUGCACUGGAUCCGCCGAAGAAGAGUGCAUCUCCAAAAGUUCCCGCUCCAGUUCACGCCCAUUACGCAACCCAGCCGAGCCUUACGACAUCGUACCCCUUCCUGGGUUCGACUUUGCAGAGCCCAAGCUUGACAAGCUGGUUGUUAUCAUUAUUAUUUCUUCAUUCUUCACUUUCGCGUUAUUUUACUUUAUGAAAAAGUCGAAGCGUACUACACACCGUUAUCGCCAACUGAGCUGCUCGGGCGCUCGGAAUAUUGCACGCUGA